CAAUCUAACCAUCUGGCAAGCCCAAUAAAUUACAUGAGGCCAAACAGCUGUGUUGGUAACAUCUGAUGUUUGUUUGCCAAUCCGUAAAAUACCAGCAGCGGAUGAAAAACGCAAAAUUGUAUUUGUUUAUUUUUAUCUCAUUUCUAUUGUGUUAAAUUGUGCGGAGAGAAAGCUCCCAUGCUAGCGGGAAAGAAUAGCUGAGGAAAACAAAUGAAACAAACCCGAAAAGUGGACGACACCAAAAAUGUAAGAGAACGCUAGAAUUGGAAGACAAACAAUGUCAUUGGCAGUGAAGUGAGUGAGUGAGUGAUUGCCUGCUUUUCUGUUUAGAACAAGUGGAAGUGUGUCAUCGGUGCCGUUUGUGUGUGCGUAAAAAAAAUUAAAUGACCUGCCUACAAUCAGAGUGCAUUCUUACCUACAAAUAAAAUAAAUUUCUGUAAUAAAUUAUAUAAUACGUGUGUAAAGCAAAAGCAACAACGACGACGACGCAACAUUUUGGCAUAUGUCGAACACCGCCAUACCACCCCCACCUGCCCCGCCAAAUGUCUUUAGAUGUGCAAAUAAAUCCACUACACGCCAAGGCACUCCACUCUUGGAGGGUUGUUUAUGGUCUAUCGAUCAUCCGGAGCUGCAAAAAGCUUGUUUUCUGGCACGCAUUUGUGCGCUGAAGAAACCCAAAUCAUGUGCCUUUAAUAAUAUUGACAGCAUACUGCAAGUGGGUCCAACUUGUGGUCUUACUGCGGUCAGCAUGCUGUUUGGGGGACGACUGUUGCCGCCAUGCGUUGUACUAAAAGAAGCUAAAGAAAGAAAUUACACCUACAAUGGUGAGAUGUUUAGUGCUCGCGAUUUGUAUCAAUUGAUCUGUGAUUAUAUGCCCCUCAUCAACAACAACAACAACAAUAAUAACAACAACGAAAGCAAUGGGGAUCAACAAUUGUUGCAGCAGUGUGCCAAUGGCAUAGAAAUGAAUGGCUGUGGAAAAGAAAGAAAACCACAGCAGACACCAAUCGAAUGUCAAAUACAUGAAGGUCGUCUAAAUUGUGCCAAGGUUAGAGAAGCUCUGCAGCAGGGAGCAUGUGUUUUUGUACCCUAUGAUCCGGACUACAAUCAUUCACCAUGCUUAAAAUCAGGUCAUAAAGCCCACUGGGCUUUAGUAAUCGGCUACUUGAUUAAGGAAAACGAUGAGUUCUUCGUAAUAGCUCGUCAUGGUAAAGCUAAAAAUCUUGCCGUUUGGUCUUUACAAUCCUUAAGUGAUAGCAAUGCAAAUUUAAUUGAAUUUGCCCAGCCAAAAGGUUAUCCCGAUUGUGAUUUUCUUUUGCCACCUGGUGGCAUAGGUGGUAAUUUAGGUUUAAGAGAACGUGCCAUUAUUGUUAAAGGUCUGCCGUUUAAAGUAACAACGAUUAGUUAGAAUAUGUCUUAAUUGUCCUACAUAUUCGAUUUACAACGAUUUUAGUUUUUUUGUAUACAGUCUCAAGCCAUUUGUGUAACUUUAAUUUAUUUUUUUUUGCUCAAAAUUUUUAUGUUUUUUAUGUCAUACCUUGCCAUAGCCAAACAUGAUUAAUGUGAAAUAUUUUUACAUGUCUUUUACGUUCGUGGAAAAUGGUGUUUG